AUGUCCAACUUUUCACUUUCAGGAAACUCUUUCUACAUCAGCUCAUCUGCUGAUGAAAUGCUGUACAUCUGCCAUGGAGCCCAGUGUGUGGAGAUUUUCCGUGGUGAAGAGAUGAUGUGUUCAGAUCUUAACUCUGAUCUUUCCUCACAGGUAAUAUCUCCAAAUGCAAAGAUGCCACUUUUUGGAAAAGUUGUUGUUAUUAAAAGAAAUGGGACUGAUGGAACUCAUUUUCCACUGACUGUAAAUUCUUGUACUUUUGGAAGGAAAAAAGAAUGUGACAUUCGAAUCCAGUUACCUCAAGUUUCCAAAGAACACUGUAAAAUUGAAGUCAAUGAGAAUAAAGAGGCAGUAUUGAUUAACUUAAGUACUGUGAAUCCUACACAACUGAAUGGGAGUAACUUUCAGCAACCUAUAUACUUAAAACAUGGAGAUGUACUGACUAUUAUUGAUCGUUCUUUCAGGUUUGAAUAUCCACCGGCACCACCUGCAAGGAAAAAGAUUUCCACUUCCAGAUCUGAAGAAAAGGAAACUUUGCAGGUGAUUCCAUAUGAGAAACUUAAUUGGGAAGGUCAGACAAAUAAUGGGAGUGAUGAGCAGAGAACUCAAGAUACUACCAGACAAAAAGAUGAGUCUACAUGUAAAAUACGCAGAUCAGGCAGAAAAAGCAUGUCUCCUUUUAGCACACUUUACAACCUUAUGAAACAUGAAGUUGAUACAAAACUAACAGAAGAAAGCUUCAGCAUUAAGCUCUCCAUACAGCAAAAAGCAGAAUAUUCACCCAGAAAAGACAAAAGAAGCAUUGCUGCUUCUCAGACUCCACAGAGGAUAUCUGUAUCUGGUGAAACAAUUCAGAUUGAAGAGACUAAAACAGCUUUGGAGAAUUUUAAACAGCCUACAGGUACUGAAAAUCAAGGAAUAAACAUGAUAGUAUCCAGAAGAUCUUCUAGAGUUCUUCAAAUCUAUGCUGCAAAUGAGAGACAAGACAGAGAAAAGAUAAAUCUAUUACAUUUCCAGAAUGUUAAAGAAAAUGAAGAUUCUGAAGUAAUUAAAAGUAGUAACAAUGAUGCAAGUUCAGGAUGUUUAUCUAUGUCAUGUAGCAUUGUAACCUUGGAAAAUAUAGAAAAAGCAAGCUGUUAUGAAAAAUCAAUAAGUCUGUCAACAGAGAUAGCCAAUGUAGAAGUAAAAACUAACCUAAAUACUUCUGGCUCUGUAGAAAGUGUUUUACCCAGGUCAAAAGCUGAGGGAGAGAGUCUUGAAACUUGUUCUAGUCCAUCUUCAAGACAGGCUAGUGGUAUGCUACAAAUUGAAUCAGAUCCUUUGUUAGGACUGAAGAGCAGGAAUAAUGAAUUGCUGGACACAGAACAGCCUUUAGAUGCACAACUUUUGGAAGAAACAAAAACAGAAAGUGAUCCACUACAAGAUGGACAUUUGGAAACAAUUGCCUGCUUGGUUCACCGUAAUGACAGUAAAAGCCCUCGGAGGAGUUCUAGACAAAGAAGAAAUUUUACAAAUACGGGUUCUGUAAUCAUGGAAGAGUCAUUACUAACAACUAAAGAUGUGUCACCUUUUAAAGGGGUAGCUGAAGAAAACAAGGUGAAAUAUUGGCCCCAGAAGAAUGGUGGUUACAUAGAGGAAAGGCCAACUACAAAAAACCUUGAGAAUAAUUUUGUAAUGAAAAAUACAGCAGGAUCUUCCUGUUUAUCUAAAAGGUGUCAUAAAAGCUGUGUCCGAAUGCCAUCUAAAGAUGUUCAGGAAAUGAACAUGUCAAAUCAGUGUAAUAUGAAGGAAGAGCCAACAAUCCAGAAAUCACCUCAAAAACGUAAACGGGGAGAAUUUGACUUAUCAGUUCAACCUCUUGGAAAAAGGAAGAGAGUAUCCUUUGGUGGUCACUUGAGUCCUGAAUUGUUUGAUAAGCAUUUACCUCCAAACUCACCACUCAAAAGAGGUGCAAUUCCAGCAAGAUUUAGUUUGCCAUGUGGAAAAUCACCUCAAGCAGUGUUGAAAAAAGCAUCGGAAUUUAAACCAUGUGUAAAGGGUUUCUCUGGAAAAGAUCAGCAGGAGAAUACAUUGCUGAGAAAGGGGUCCCCAGUGGCCUCGCCCACAGCCCAAAGGUCCCUAGCAAUGUUUUCUUGUAACUCGCCCCACAUGAGAGGGCGGUUCUCUGUUUCUCGUGUUGAUGUACCUUCUAUUAGUUCAGUAGAACAGAAUGUUCCUGCAAAAGAAAUUGAUGUAACUAAAGAAAUAAAAACUCCUGAAACUUCUCACCAAGAUUCCCAAAAUGCUCAGUCAGUAAGGAGAAGCGGCAAGCUUGUUUCAAAGAGAACUUCCUUGCACAGGAGGAGUGGUGCUAUGGAUGCUAUUCGUGCUAAAAGGCAAAGUGGUGCUUCUGAGGCCAAUUUGAUAGUUUCAAAGUCUUGGGCUGAAGUUGUGAAACAGGGUAUUCCAAAAUCACAACGAAGGACUACUCCUAAAUGUGGCCUUAAAAGAAGACCAACUAAGAAAAUGCCUACAAAAGCACUAAAGAGCAAUGUUGCUUCUUUAAAAACACCAACAAGAAAAGUCAAAGAUUACUCCACUACAGGCCAUGCAAAUUCUCCUGCUCCAAUUGUUGUAGGAAAAGCUCAUACUAGUAUAGUAAAGAUGAUUGCACAAGUCCCUAAAGUGAUGUUCAACUAUACUUUGCAGCAACAGCAAGACAUGAAUGAAAGUUUUACAGGGAUGACUGAGAUGUUCCAUACUCCACUGAACUGGAAGCAAGGAAGUGCUCUGUCUUCUGUGCAAAAGUCUAGUAUGUCAAGUCCAGAAGAAGCAUCAGAAAUUCACACUCCAGAGGAAUCUGGGGAGAUGACAGUGUCUACUUCAAAUCUAUCAAUCCAGCAAAUAUAUGACAAUCAAGAUGAAUCCCCCAUCCUGAGAAAAGUAUCUCAGAUUUCUACUGUUGGUCAACAUGAAUUGAAGGUUCCCAGAGGAGGGAGUUCUGCAUUAGACAAGACUGUAAGGGAAAAUAGCUCACUGGUAACAGGAGAAACUGUGGGAAUGGAAGAAAUGAUAAGAGAUCCAAAGGAAAAAUCAGAUUGCAUUGAGGCACAUUCAGGAACAAAGAGGCUUGUGAGGACCCCCAAGCAAGAGCCAAUGCUGACUGAUGCACUUUCAGGCCUUAAGAGGCUGUUCAGGACUCCCAAGCAAAAGCCAGAGCCAGUUGACGCUCUUUCAGGAGUCAAGAGGCUUCUCAAGACCCCCAAGCAAAAGCCAGAGCAGGCUGAGGCCCUUUCAGGAGUCAAGAAGCUGCUCAGGACCCCCAAGCAAAAGUCAGAGCCAGUUGAUGCUCCUUCAGGAGUCAAGAGGCUUCUAAAGACCCCCAAGCAAAAGCCAGAGCAGGUUGAGGCCCUUUCAGGAGUCAAGGGGCUGUUCAGGACCCCCAAGCAAGACCCAGAAUCAGGCAAGGAGCUUUCAGGAGUCAAGAGAGUGCUCGGGACCCCAAAGCCAGAGCCAGUCGAGGCCCUUUCAGGAGUCAAGGGGCUGUUCAGGACCCCCAAGCAAGACCCAGAAUCAGGCAAGGAGCUUUCAGGAGUCAAGAGAGUGCUCGGGACCCCAAAGCCAGAGCCAGUCGAGGCCCUUUCAGGAACCAAGAGGCUGCUGAGGACCCCCAAGCAAGACCCAGAAUUGGGUGAGGAGCUUUCAGGAGUCAAGAGAGUGCUGAGGACCCCCAAGCAAGACCCAGAAUUGGGUGAGGAGCUUUCAGGAGUCAAGAGAGUGCUCGGGACCCCAAAGCCAGAGCCAGUCGAGGCCCUUUCAGGAACCAAGAGGCUGCUGAGGACCCCCAAGCAAGACCCAGAAUUGGGUGAGGAGCUUUCAGGAGUCAAGAGAGUGCUGAGGACCCCCAAGCAAGACCCAGAAUUGGGUGAGGAGCUUUCAGGAGUCAAGAGAGUGCUCGGGACCCCAAAGCCAGAGCCAGUCGAGGCCCUUUCAGGAACCAAGAGGCUGCUGAGGACCCCCAAGCAAGACCCAGAAUUGGGUGAGGAGCUUUCAGGAGUCAAGAGGCUCCUUAGGACACCUAAUCACAAAGCAGAACCUGUCAAGGAUGACAUUUGCUCCAAACAUUUGAAUAGUCCAGAAGGAUUAUUUGGUCUUAAUAAUGUUACAAAAGAACAAAAGGAAAAAAUUGGACUUUUGGAAGAUAUGGAAGGAAUUCAGAGGCUAUUUAGGACACCUAAACAAAAAUUUGAACCAGUGGAAGAUAUGAUUGGUAUUUCCAGAAUAUUGAAGACACCAAAGCAAAAGUUUAUGCCAGUUGAUGACUAUUUGGGAUUGCAAAAACUUAUGGCUGAACCUAAGCAGAAUUCUCUCAGUGGUGAAAUAGACUACACGGGUGUUAAAGAACUGUUGGGACCUGUAGACGGAUAUCUGGUCAAAUUAUCAGAAUCUGUGAAUAAACCACAUGAGAUUUCCAGCAAUGAAUUUGAGUGCAAAGAAGAUGAUCCUGAAAGAGAAGAGUCUUGGCAAGAAACAGGACUGGAAGAUUCAUUUGAAAAAAAAUCUCCAAAUGCAAUGCCAAGGAAGCCUGAUGAUGGUCAUGAUGAAUUACAAGAUUACUUGGGACACACUUCAUGUAGCUCAGUUAAUGAUGUAAAGGGGGCACGUGUAGAAAGUAUUGCGACAGUCCAACUUGUAUCAGAAAUAUGCAAGUCAGAUGGGCUGGAUUUCCAAAGUGGAGCUGUUAUUGAUCUGAUUGAAGAAUCAUCUGUAAGGCAGGGCGAUCCAGUGGAAAUAAACGCAGAAAUAAAGGAACUAUUGGCUUCAGUUAAAAAACCAAGAAAAGGGAAAGCUAGUGAAUUCAGUUUUGUGGAAGAACGUGAUACAACUAAGACACCAAGGCAGACAAGAAAAAGUAGCAGAGCCAAAUCAGUGAACUGUAUGCAAAUAAAUGAAAAUUUUGAUCAGAAUAUUCCUGAAACUAGUCAACCAAAAGAAUCAGACAGCAACCCCCUAGCACUUGAAAAUGAGACAACAGAAAGAUUAAGAGAAAAAUCUAUUGAAACAAAUGGGGAUAUGGACUUUGAUAACAUGAAACAUACUCAAAAACUAUUGGGACUUUCAAAGGAAAUGUCAGAUGAAACACAGCUGUCUGUUAGCAGGAGAAGGGUGGCAACUAAACUAAAUAGGCGAGCUGAAGAAGGCUUGCAUUUAGAAGAAAAUGCAACAGACCAAGAAUAUGCAAAUCAAUUAAUUUCAAAAACAUCUCUGAGAUCUAGAAAUCAGAAAAAUAAAGAUGAACCAAAGUCUGAAUUUACAAAAACAAGUCCCCAAGGAGAAAUGCAAAGCUCAAAUCUUGAAACUUCAAAGAGAAAUUCUGGAAACCAGCUACUUAAAAAAAAUACAAGGAGAAGAAAGGCUACCUCAGUAGAAACAGAAAUGGAAGACGUUGAUGGUGAGAAACACUCAUCACCUAAAAUUUGUAAACUGAAAACUUUGGAGCAUCAUCCAACAGAAAUGAAGGAGGGUGAAAUAAGGAGAAGGAAGAGGGGAAGGGUUUGUUUUCUGCUUGAGAAAGGUACUUCUGAAACUCCUGAAGAGAAAUGUGUGUUUGAUGGCGAAGGUGGUACUCAACAAGAACAAUACAGUGCAUUUUCUGAAAGAAACACUUCCCCUGUAAAAGAAAAUACAUCACCAAAAAACAAAAAGGAGGAAGCAGCUCCAGUUGUAUCACUAUCAUUUUGCACCUCGUUUUCUUCAGAGAUACUGAAGAAUGCAGCUGGUGAAUCCAGUUUUACAGAAGAACAUGAUACAACUAAGACACCAAGGCAGACAAGAAACAGCAGUAGAGCCAAAUUAACAAACUGUACGCAAACAAAUGAAAACUUUGAUCAGAACAUUCCUGAAACUAGUCAACCAAAAGAAUCAGACAGCAACCCCCUAGCACUUGAAAAUGAGACAACAGAAAGAUUAAGAGAAAAAUCUAUUGAAACAAAUGGGGAUAUGGACUUUGAUAACAUGAAACAUACUCAAAAACUAUUGGGACUUUCAAAGGAGAUGUCAGUUGAAACACAGCUGUCUGUUAGCAGGAGAAAGGUGGUGGCUAAACUAAAUAGGCGAACUGAAGAAAGCUUGCAUUUAGAAGAAAAUGCAGCAGACCAAGAAUAUGCAAAUCAAUUAAUUUCAAAAACAUCUCUGAGAUCUAGAAAUCAGAAAAAUAAAGAUGAACCAAAGUCUGAAUUUACAAAAACAAGUCCCCAAGGAGAAAUGCAAAGCUCAAAUCUUGAAACUUCAAAGAGAAAUUCUGGAAAUCAGCUACUUAAAAAAAAUACAAGGAGAAGAAAGGCUGCCUCAGUACAAACAGAAAUGGAAGCAGUUGAUGGUGAGAAACACACAUCACCUAAAAUUUGUAAGCUGGAAACUUUGGAGACUCAUCCAACAGAAAUGAAAGAAGAUGUAAUAAGGAGAAGAAAGAGGGGAAAGGUUUGUUUUUUGCUUGAGAAAGGUACUUCUGAAACUCCUGAAGAUAAAUGUGUGUUUGGUGGCAAGGGUGGUACUCAACAAGAACAAUACAAUGCAUUUUCUGAAUGCACUUCCCCUAUAGAAGAGGAUACAUCACCAUUGCUUAAUAUGCAAAUAUCUGUUGAGCAUAGUUCACCAAAAACACAAAAGGUAGCAGUACCAAAAAGGAACCCACCUAGAAGAGGUAGAAGCAGAGCAGCUUCUCCUAAGCCACCCACUGAGAAUGCCAGUAAAGUGACUCCUAAAAUUGAAAAACAGCCUAUGAGUGUUGAAAAUGCUAUUUUUUCAAAUGAGAAGCAUUCCAAAAGGGGUAGAGGGAGAAAGGUUGCCCCUGUAUCCCAAACACUGGAAACACCUACUGUUCCUAAAGAGGACCCAUCAACUGGAAGCUCUGUUUUUGCUCAAGGAGAGUGUUUGCAAGGCACUCAAAAUGAAAAUAAUUUUAAUGAAGUCCAAAAAGUAUGCUUGGACAAUAUUCAGGCUAUUGUAGAACACAUUCGACCUAAGAGACAAAAGGUAACAAGAGGGAAUUUGCUUCAGAAUGACAGAAGUAAGCAAGGAGUUUCACAUGAACCAGCCAUGGAAAGUGAUAAUAAAGAAAAUCCUGAUGUUGAAAACCAAGAUGUGGUUGUUGAAAAUGCUUUUACUGCAAAAGAGAAUCAACCAAAAAGGGGUAGAAGGAAAAAAAUUGCCUCUGUGACCCAAACAAGGAAAAACCUUACUGUUCCUAAAGAGGACACAUCAACUGGUAGCUUCAGUUUUGCUCAAAAGAAGUUUUUGCAAGAUACUCAGAAUGAAGAGAAAUCUGAUGAAACCCAGACCGUAGUCUUGGACAAUAUUGAGUCUUCUGUAGAACACAUUUUACCAAAAAGGCAAAAGGUGGCAAGAGGGAAUCUGCGUCAGAGAGGCAGAAGCAAGCAAGUAGUUUCUGAUGAACAAUCCACAGAAAAGGAUAAUAAAGACACACCUGAUGUUGUAAACCAAGAUAUGGUUGUUGAAAAUGCUUUUACUGUAAAAGAGAAUCAGCCAAAAAGAGGUAGAGGGAGAAAAGUUGCUGCUGUACCCCAAAUACUUGAAAGUAACAAUUUUCCAUACAAAGACAAAAGCGGAGCAGAAGAGCAAGCUGAAGCUUUGGAAAUAGCAACUACUGCAAAUAAGAAUCCAUCCCAUAGGGGCAGAUGCAGAAAAACACUUAUAACAAGCUCAGUUCCUUCCAGUAAAGAACCUAGAAUGGUCGAUAAUGUUAACCAGGAAGAAAUGGCCCGUGUGUUAAAAGAUGUGACAAAAGAAAAUGUGUCCAAAAAGGGUAGAAGAGAACUACCUGUUUAUGAAGCCCCAACAGAAACUAAUAUCCCGCAAAGAGCUACUGGUAGCAAACCAAUACGAGUAAAAGGCAAAAAGGUGUCUGCAGAUUCUCUCUUUGAAAGCCAGUCAAAGAGGAGUCAAGGGAAAAAUAUUGUUCUGGCAUUCCAAACACCUACCUCUCCUGCCCUCAAAAUAAGCAUCACUUUGCCUUCACCAUCAGGCAAAAAUGAAACUGCCAGUGAAAAUCAAAACUUAUUUAUAGAAAAUCAUGUUGCUGGAAAAGAGAAUUUGGCAAUAAAUGGCGGAAGAGAUAAGAAAAUAGUGCCUCGUUCCACAUCUGUCAGAAGAAAAUGCAAGCUUCCUAAAGAAGAGGAUGAGGGUCAGGAAAAUCAAAAUAUAAAUAUAGAAAAGCCAGGUGUAUCGAAUGACAAACGGAGCAGAAGAGCAAUGAGAAAAGGUGGUGCUCCUGAAAAAGGUGGAUUGCCUGAAGGUACUGAUGGUAUUCCUAAGGAUCAACAAGUGAUUAUGGCAAAUACUAUUUCUGGGAUGGAAGAUGCCUCACAGGGUAGGAGAAACCGAAUUCUUAAAGGAAAGAACAUGCCAAAACACAGUGACCAAAAGAAAGAUCUGGAAAUCACCACACUUCCCCAGGGAAAAGAAAAUUCAUCUAAACGAGGAAGAAGGAAACCGGUCAGCACUGAGUCAGAAACACACAGCACCAUUUCUGGCAUGAAGAAAUGCCUUUUUGCCGAAAAUAUGACAUCAGCGCCUGAAGCAGAGAACACUGAAAGUACAUUACAGAAAGGAAGAAGAAAGAAAAUGAAAGAAGAGCAUAUGUCAGUUAUCACUGAGUCUGCUGCAGAAACUCAAACCAAGAUUAUAGCAACCAGAAGGACAAGAAAACAAGUAUUAUAAUCUUUGAUAGUGGGCUCUAUAAUUUUUCUUCAGGGUAAAUGGGUGCGCUUCAAGAUUUUUUUAAAUGCAAGGUUGUAAAGUAUACUCUGGAUUUAGAUGGAAUACAUUCUACUUUAUAUAACUCACUUCUUGGCUAAUUGUUGACAUUGAAAAUAUGCAAAGCUGUGUAAAUUCUUAAAUAUUUUGUAGGAACUAA